GCACUGAGGAGCCCUGCGUGCACUCAUGGCUGGUGUGGGGACACGAGAGCUCCAUCAUCCACAUCCCCGGGGGGUGCUCCACUGCGUCAGGAAACUGGCACAGACAAAGAGCCCUGGCACUGCCAGGGGGCCAGGUCCCGCUCCUACAGGGCGCUUAGCCCAGCCCUGUGUGCGUCAGCCCCCCAGGUACCUGGCAAAGGCUCUCCUCCAGGAGCCAAGGCAUGUGGGCUGGCUGCCCUGUGGGGUGGCAUCCGACUGCCACUCCCUGGCCAGUGCCUAGGGCCAGUUUCCCGCUGGCUCCAGGAUUUAUUCCUGCUUGAGGCUGGAUGCUGAUGGUUUAAGCAUUUCUGGUGAUAACAUGGGCAUUGUGCCAGCUCCCAGGGUAUAGGUUGGGGCGGAAUGGAGAGUGGGAUGGGAGCUGCUGCCACCACCUCCACAGUGACUGCCUGAGCCAGGCUGGCUGCAGCAGUGAGAGCCUUUCUUGGCAAGGGUGUAUGUGACCAGCAAUGACGCCCAAAGGAUAGGUGGAGAGAAGGAGGGUUUGUACAUGGUCCACGCCCUUGUAGCACUUCUUUGUAAUGAAGUAGGGCUCAAAGGGACCUGUGCAAGCAGUGCAGGGAAAAACAUACAUAUUUUUGUCUUUUUUGCCAUACAUAUUUCUUCUCUUUUGUGCUUGCACAGGUUUAACUCAGAACAGUUGAGGCUGAAACCCAAAAAGCAAGUGUCAGAAGACACAGCAUGGAGCAGCCCAAGAUGCAAACUUUCCUUGCCUGUCUGUGCCUGUGCCUGCUCAGCACAGCCCUCGCCACACCUGUGCCACCGCCGCUGCCUGAGAGAGCUGCUGGGAACUGUGUGGGACAACACCGGAUAUUUCUGAAAAGCUGCAAUGCCAAGCAUGGCUUCUACAUUUUCAAAUAUGUCUACUCAUUCUCAACGCGGAGGAACCAGACGCAGAUAAAGAAAGAAGAGGCUGACCACCAGAGUAUCAUCCCCAGCCACCGACUGGAUGACGGCAAUGCCAGGAGGGAGCCACCAGCUGGGUCAGCUGGGACAGCCCCAGAGCACAGUGACAACAGCAGCAGUGAAGUAAUUGAGUAUGGGAUUGUCUUCAGUCCCGAAAACCGCAGCACCCCGGGCAUCAGCAGGGAUGGUCCCAGUCCUCAGCCUGGCACUGGCAUGCGCGCACGUGGCAGUGGGGGUGGCAUGGGUCCCACCCCAUCCAGCUCAGAGGGCAGCGGCGAUAUGGAUUUGGUGGUGGAAGGUGAUGGCGGUGUUCCCAUUCUCCCUCAGGGUGAACGCCCCAGUGAGGUUGUGGUGGGGAACUGGUCCAGGGUCAGGAGUGAGAAUAAGGAUGAUGGUAUCCCCAGGGUGGUUCCGGAGGGGGGAGCCGUGACUGCGGGGAGGGGGAGGGCCCCUACUACCAGAGGGGCAGGGGAUGAGGGCAGCGGAGAGGCCACUGUCUCUGGCCAAGGGCAGGAGAGUGUUAAGCAGGGUACAGGGACAGGAGGCACUGCUUUGUCCUCUGUCACUGAGAAGAUGGAGGACGUCCAAGUGGAUGCUGCAGGUGUGGAUGAAUACGCUUACAUCCCCGAUUCAGGCAGCGUAACCAUCACCCACGGGAACCUGGGCAGCACAGACAGGGCCAAGGGUUUCACCCAGGUCUCUCCAGGCCAGGAUGAUGAGGUAAACAUAUUCAUUGGGAGAGCCAACAUCCAUAUGGGGGAGCAGGUAACCACCCAGGCUGGUGUCACAGCAAGUAGGGAGAAUGAUGGCAUCCCCUCUGUGGGAAGCAGCAGGCCCCCCCUCAGGCUGGACGUCACCGUGGCACCCAGUGGAGGUGAAGAUGACAGCAUGCCUGCCCGCAGGCAGCCUGAAAGACUGGCCACCACAGCCACCCCAACCCAUGGGGACAGCAUUACCAGCAGCCUCAGGGACAGCCGUCUCACUGGAGAGGAUGAGGAAGGUGCCACCACCACCAUCGGUGUUGAUAGAGGACUAACAACCCCUGUUCCCUGGAGAGUCACUAGUGGUGACAUUACCAGCCCCACAGUGGCUAGCAUCCAUGGGAAAGAUGAUGAUGAGAUGAGAGGAGAGGGGCAGAAGUCCAAGGGGAAGCCAGACCAUGUGGCUACCACGAGCCCCCACCACAGGGGUGACAUGGAGGCCACUAUCAGAGUCCCAGCCAGGGGGGGCAGCAUCCGCCCAGCCCCUACUGAGGGGUUCCGCACCACCCCGUCAGUGACAGCCGGCAGCCACAGGGCAGGCAUGGGCACUGUGCUCGGCAGAGGAGGGAGUGGGGAAGUGGGGACAGCCACCUCCACUCCCUCCCGUGUGGAGACACGGCCCGGGGCUGGGAUGAGGGUCCGUCCAGGGGGAGCAGGGCUGGACAAGAUACCCAGGACGGACAAAGCACCAUUUCCAAGUGGGAAACCCAGCGGCGGGGUGUCGAGUGGGGGCCAGAAAAUUGUUGGCGGCUAUGAUGGCGAUGCUGGGGGCAGAUCUCAAACUGCCAAAGCAGGAGCCAGCCCCGCUCCACAGGCAGGGCAAGCCACGGGCAGCAUGGCAGCAGGCAGUGGCCGGGAGCAGGGGCGAGGUGCAGAGAGUGGGACAGCAGGGCUGGGGGCCGGGGGUGGCCGCCUGCCCGGGCACCAUGGCAGGAGGCUGGGGGCUGGGGCGCCGGGCACCAUUGCAACACUGGGCCGCAGCCGGCAGCUGGACCAGGUGAAACGUGCUGACGAGCUCCAUGUCCGUGAGCGGGCCUUUUACAGCCUUGGCGGGGCGGGCGGCGGCCCCCACGGCCCCUAUCCCGGCCUCGGGAGUGCCGACAGCAGCCAGUCCUCCGAGGGGGACCGGGGCAGCCACAGCGAGAGUGCACAGACAGGACUGCAGCCCUCAGGGUGGGGAUCCCCAGGGUACCCCCAAGGCCGCUGGAUCCAGGGGCCCCUCUGAGGCGUGGCCGGUAUUCACCCCGGUAGGCUCCAGCGGUGGAGCUGGGGGGCAACUCGCCGUGUUUUACCCCUUGGUAUCCCCCCUGCGGGCUCUGCUCUUGCCUGGGUGAGGGGCAGGUUGCUGGGGGGCACACAGUGCUUCACAGCCCAGGAGCCAAAAAUCACUGGUUCAUGCAAUCUGCUGUUAAUCUGGGGGAGGCUGCACAUGGCACAGCAGCAGGAAUGCACGGGUGUGCUGUGCUGGACAGCCAGGGAACAGCAGCUGUGCUACAGGGCAUAGGGUAGCGAUGUUUGUGCACUGAUGCGAAGCAACUAAAGAAGCAGUGAGAAAAAGCCUCUGUCCUUGCAGUUUCACUUCAGCCUACUGGAGAAAU